AUGUCCCGCCGGCGAGCGGCCCCCAAUGGGGCGGAUGGGGCCGAGGACUUUAGGGAGCGCGAGCCCAAAGAUAUCCCGAGCAGCAGCAGUAGCAGUAGUAGUAGCAGCAGCAACAACAGGGGUGUCGGGCGCAGUUCUGACAAAAAGUCUGCUGGCCCCAACAGCAGUAGCACGAACAGCGGUAGUGGUAGAAACCGCAAUUGGGAUGAGUUAGGGGACUGGCAGCAACAGCACCGGCGGCGCAGCAGAAGUGACAGCAGAGGAGGGGACAGAGAGCGGCGUCCAAGAGAGAACGUGGAUAAGGAUCGAUAUAGGGAAAGGGACAGAGAUAGAGAGCGAGAAAGGCACAGAGAGAGGGACCGAGAGAGAGAGCGAGAAAGGGAUAGGGAUAGAGAUCGGGACAGGGAGAGGGACAGAGAUAGAGACAGGGAGAGGGACAGAGAUAGGGACCGGUCUCGUCGGCGGGAUCGGUCUCGUGAGAGUGAGUGGGAGAGGUCUAGAGACAGAGACACGGAGAGCCGCAGCAGUAGGAAGAGGGAAGAGAUCCUUAGUUGUACGGCUGUUAUUCGAGGGCUACCAGAGGGGGUGACGGAGGAGGAGACGGAGGAGCACGUAAGGGCCUUAGCCAUUGAUAAGCGAUUCUCGACGCCAGAUGCUGUCCGCCUGCAGAUGUUGAGUGUACUUGCACUCAACGCUCUUUGCCCCACCGGAGCUAGGCUUUCGCUGGAUAUGGUCCAGCAGCUGCUGCCUUCAGCAGGAACCACAGGCGGGAAGCAUCAGGAGCAGCACGGGGAGAAGGAACAACAAUUGUUGGUUGCCUUUGUGGACUUCCCGUCGACUGAUGCAGCUCAAAAAUUUCUGAAGAGCUGCAAGGGAGAGGUGUGCGGUAUCAGAGGCAGACUCUGUCCCGUGACUGUGCUUUUACAGCAGCCGCAACAGGGGAGAGCAGCAGCCACCGAAGCUGCUGAAGCUUCACCUCCAGCAGAUUGGAUAUGCAGCACGUGCGCAGCUCCCAAUACCCGCAGCAGCGGUAGUAUCAGCAUGGCCUGCGUGUCAUGUGGGGCCCUGGCCCCUGGAGGAGCAUCCGAGAAACAGGAGACAGAAGGAGGAUGGGGGGGGGAGGGCACUAGGAAUCCGUCUUCGCUUGUUGUUGUCUCUGACUUGCUGCUUAUCGAGUGGGAAGACCUACUGCGCUCGCUCAGGCGGAAGCUGCGGCGCCGCAGCAGUAGCAGCAGUAGCAGCGGACAACAAACCGAAUUUCAGAGCACUGUGCACGUAAAAGACGCCCCGGGGACCCUCAGACCAGCCGCGUUUGGGAUUUUGAAGUUUGCAUGUACAGACGCAGCUAAAAGCGCAUGGAGAGCCUUGCGCUCCCUUCGAGGAUUAGAUGUGGGGGGUCAUUUGUGCGGCGUGAGGCCUUGGAUAAUGAGUAAAGAGGAAGAGAAAAGCUGGAGGGAGAUGCUCAUUGUCGCUGCUGCUGCUGCAGCUACGGCAAAGGCAAACUCAAACAGCAGCAAGAGCGGCAAAAACAGCAACGAACAGGUCUUCAAUCUACAAGAAAUGCGCGAAGUAGCAAAGACCUCUUCAUCAUGGGGCCGUUUGCUGCAGCAAUGCGAAGGACAAUUGCUUCCACUUCUAGGAAACGAGCCGCCGUCUCUUCCCUCCCGGGACCCGCAAAGCGGAUACUUGUUUUCUGCAGCAGCAGAUCUCUACUUCGAUCCUACUUCGUCGUACUACAUGAACUCUGCCGGAGACUACUUUAUACACGAUACUGCUCUUUCUGCCCUUAGGCGUGUCUGCAAUUACAGAGACAGAAAACUAGAUGGAGAUACAGACACACAGGACCAGCAGCUUCAACAGCAACAGCAACAGCAGCCCACAGCUUCUGUUGUCGCCUCGCUUGUCGCAUCCGCGCAGCGCAGCGCGCAGGCCACCAAAGAGGCCAUUGAGAAGGCAAAAACUACGGAGAAAAGAGGGCCGCUAGUUGAACCGCCUGCAACCGCAGCGGCUGCAAGUGCUGUCGCUAGUCAGCUUCAACAACACCAACAAAAUAUCCCUCCUCCGCCUCCUAGGGAUCCCGCCGGGGGUGGCUUCUUAGAUGGACCGGUGCCGCACAUCACAAUGCAACAACACUCUCAGCAGACGCAGCAGCAACAGCAUACACCUAGGGGUUUCUCUACAGGGCCCCCAGGGGGCUUUGAUGUGUCUCAUCCACUACCUGGAGGUAGCCGGAACAGCGCUGGGGCCCCCCCUGUGGACGUAAGCGGAGCCUUCUUGCCUCCUGCUACAGCGGCUGCUGCUAGUGCUGCUCCUAGUGUAAUUGCCGAUGUGGCGAAGGUAUUUGAGAGGAAUUUGGCAGCAGCAGCAGCAGAAGACCUGAAGACAGCGGCAGCAGGCACUCCCGGGAGCUCACUGCCUGAUGCCCUCCCCGCUGCUACUGGAGCCAAGAACAACAACAGCAGCAGUAACAACACGAACAAUAACAGUAGUACUGUAAGGUUGACGCCAGCGGAGCCCCCAAAGUAUUGCUUUGUGUGUCUUCGCGUAUUUAAGACAAAGGCAGAGGUUCAUGAGCACGAGCUGAACUCAAAGCUGCACAGGCAGAAUGUCUUAAUGCUGGAAAAGGGGAAAGAAGAAGAAACGAAAUUGCACCUGAAGCAGUUGCAACAGAUGCAGCUACUAAGACUCCACCUCAGCUAG